AUGGAUAAGCUGGAAGAGCAGAGGCUCGCAGAGCAAAUGGAAGAAGAGAAGGAGGCUGCAGAAGCGGCAAAGAAACAGAGCACACAGGUAUGCCAAGUUAUGCCACACUUCGGAAGAACGGUAUCAAUAAGUGACGGGCUGCAUGCCGAACAUGGCCACCUCUGCCCGAUGCAGGGCCAGGCACUGCCUGCUGACAUCACUAUGCCUGGUGCAACUAACUGUGCAAAGCGCGACCGGUGCUUCCCCAUGUGGGUGAUCCACGCGGACGACGUCCUGGAGCUAAGCGAACUGCAGCCUCACCAGGUGCUGCUUGCAGCUGGAAAACUGAAGGAGUUCGAGCCAGAUGAUGGCUUCGUGACUUUCGUUUCGCAUGAGUGGUCGGGAGUGGAGCACCCGGAUCCGGAAAAUCAUCAGCUCCGAUCCUUGCAGCGGAUGCUGCAUGCUAUCCGAAAGAACAAGAUGACGCUGGCAAGUGACACGAUCUCCUUGGUCCGGUUGGGACUUACCCGCAGCGUAUCAACUAAAGACCUCAAGAAGAUCUCUCGAGGCUGGCUUUGGAUCGACUUCGCCUGCGUUCCACAAGCAUGUUGCUGCAAAAAUACAGACGAGCUGGCCGAACAGCAGAGACAGCUGAAGGAUGCCGUCAUGAGUCUGCACACUUACGUCGCCCAAAGCUCCUUCUUCGCUGUGCUGGCGCCGGCACAGAACCACGAGAAUGGGAGGAUGAUGAACUACAUGUCCUGGAAGCGAAGAGGUUGGUGCCAAUUCGAGCUCGCCGUCAAUGUUCUGCUUGGAACAAAUCCUGUGCUGCACAUUGCCAGCGAGAAUAUUGUACGGCACAUGCAUGUAAAAGUUCUUAGUCAUCUCUCCCCGUGUUGCGGGGAUUUCACUCGAGAAGAAGAUCGACAGUUUGUUGGCGAGGCUUUAAGUCACGUCAUCGAUUGCCUCGCAAGCGACCUCCGCGCAACACACAAUCUGCACAAGCUCCAACUAUUGGAUUGCAUGCGGACGAAACUGCUCCAAUGUCCUCGUGGAAGCCCUGGAGACGACUCCUCCAAGGUGAAUGCUGCACUAAGUUCGAGGACCACAUUUUUCCACAGUAUGCCCCAGCGGCUAAACAGCGGCUGGACACAUUUACAUUAUGCGGUGGCCCGGAACGAUCUGUUCGUGGUAAAGAACUUGCUAAAGGCAAGGGCGAAUGUGAACACCAAGACGCUGGGGGCUGACAAAGAUUUCUUCUUGCGUCCAGCGUUAUCGCCCCUCCACGUAUGGUCCUGUUUCGCCAUUAGUCCUGCCAUUGCAGAGAUUUUGGUGGAACAUCGGGCCAACGUCGACAGCACGGCUGACUUCGGUUGGACUCCACUCAUGCUGAGCUGUCAUCAAGGAGGCGAACUUGCUUGCCGGACACUGCUGGAUCUGAGAGCAAGCCCGAACUCGAAGCACAGCUCUGUGAUUCCCCCGCUCUUCCUUGCAGCUUCGGAAGAUCAGCUGGCGCUGGUCGAGCUGCUCCUGGAAGCCCGGGCCGAUGUGAAUGUUCGGUGGGCCGGCAUGAGUGCCUUGCACGUGAUGGCUGCCAUGAGCACUGCUGUGACUUUGCCGCGUUUGCUGCAAGCUGGGCUGGAUCUUAACGAGACCUGCAAUGUCAAGUUUCGAACUCGGUCCGGCUUUCUCAUGGCCUUCAGUGCUCUCUGGGAUCGUGACGUGCGUCGCGACAUGCCCAAAGUCCGUGGCGGCACACCGCUUGUCUUCGCAGCUGCGCGCGGGAACACAGCGGCGCUCACAGUGUUGCUGGAAGCUGGGGCGGACAUCACAAUUCCAAACCGGCAGGGCAAGCUGGUGCAAGAAGUGUACGAAGAAUCCAAAUUUAAUUCACUCAUGCCUGAGGAGGUAUGCAUCAAACUAUCGUCUCACAAUUCAAACAAGCUCUAG